AUGAUGAAAGCACUUGUCUAUCGAGGCCCCGGCCAGUGCGGGUUGGAAGACCGUCCUGUCCCCAAGAUCCAAGAAGCCUCCGAUGCCAUAGUGAAAGUCGUCUAUACAACAAUCUGUGGGACAGACACGCACAUCUUAAAGGGGGACGUCCCGACAUGUACACCUGGCCGCAUCCUAGGACAUGAAGGUGUUGGCAUUGUCGAGGAGCCUGGGCCUGGAGUCUCGCGGUUCAAGAAAGGAGAUCAUGUCCUCAUCAACUGCAUUUCCAGCUGUGCAACUUGCAACUACUGCCGAAGAGGGAUGCCCAGCCACUGCGUAAGUGCAGGAUGGAUCCUCGGGAACACCAUCGACGGAACUCAAGCCGAAUAUGUUCGCAUCCCGUACGCUGACAGCGGCCUCCACCACGUUCCGAAAGGCAUAGACGAAAAGGCACUUGUCAUGUUGUCCGACAUCUUUCCCACUGGACUCGAAUGCGGGGUGCAGAAUGGCAAAGUUCAGCCCGGGUCGACUGUGGCCAUCGUUGGCGCGGGUCCCGUUGGCCUUGCUGCACUGAUCACGUCCAGACUCUACUCGCCAAGUCUGAUCAUCAUGAUCGAUCGGGAUCCCCACCGUCUCAAAGUCGCCAAGUCGUUCGGAGCCCAUUACACCGUGAACAGCGCGGCGGCGUCGCCGCUGGAGACUGUCAUGAAACUGACGGACAACAUCGGCUGCGACACUGUGAUGGAAGCCGUCGGCGUUCCGGAAACGCUGGAAAUGGCACAGGAUCUCGUGGCGCCCGGCGGCACCAUAGCCAACGUGGGCGUGCACGGAACGAGCUGUCAGUUGAAGAUCGAGAAGUUGUGGGUCCACAACAUCUCGCUCACCACGAGACUGGUCGACACCGUCACCACGCCGAUGCUGCUGAAGCUCUUCGCUGCGGGAAGCAUUAACCCGGGACAGUUGAUCACGCAUGAAUUCUCAUUCACGGACAUGGAGAAGGCAUACACCACUUUCAAAGCAGCCGCCGAGCACGAUGCCUUGAAGAUGCUGAUCACAGUGUAA